AUGCCCAAGCUCGCAAGUGUCGAGAUCGACACCCCCGCCAACAAGGGCGAGACCAAGAUCAGGCGCUCCUACCGCGCGCCUGACAAGCUCCUCGAACGCCCCGCAGAGGGCAUCAACACCAUGGCCGAUGUCUUCCUCCACGCGCGCGACCGCUUCCCCAACCGUCCCAUCAUGGGCUGGCGCGACGUCGUCCGCAUGCACGACGAGCAGAAGGAGGUCACCAAGAAGGUCGAGGGCAAGGAGGUCAAGGAAACCAAGACCUGGCAGUACUACGAACUCUCCAACUACAAGUACCUCACCUACAACGAAUUUGAAGAGCGCAUCCAGCACGCCUCGAGCGGUCUCGUCAACCUCGGCCUCUCCAAAGACACCCGCUUCAACAUUUACGCCGCCACCGCCAUCAACUGGCAGAACAUGGCACACGCCUGCUUCCGCCAGAGCAUCCCCUUCUGCACCGCCUACGAGACCCUCGGCGAGGAGGGCCUCCAGCACUCGCUCAGCGAGCCCGACGUCGUCGGCGUCUUCACCAACGCAGAGCUCCUCCCCACCCUCGCCAACGUCAUCGAAGACGCCCCCACCGUAAAGUACGUCAUCUACGACGGCAAGCCAGGCGACAAGGAACUCAACAAGGUGCGCGACGUGCUCACCGGUCGCGAGGGUAAGCUGCUCACUAUCGAGGAGCUAUGGCAAGAGGGCAAGGCCAACCCCGCCGAGGGCCAUCUCCCCACCCGCGACGACGUCGCCUGCAUCAUGUACACCUCCGGCUCCACCGGCGCACCCAAGGGUGUCGUGCUCACCCACGGCAACCUCGUCGCCUCGAUCGCCGCCGUCGAGCUCCACGUCGGCGACCUGCUCAAGCCCGACGACACCUUCCUCGCCUACCUCCCGCUCGCCCACAUCCUCGAGUUCAUCGUCGAGUGCACCAUGAUCUACGUCGGCGUCACCAUGGGCUACGGCAAGGUCAAGACGCUCACCCAGGCAUCCGUGCGCCACUGCGACGGCGACAUCAAGGCGUUCAAGCCGAGCAUCAUGAUCGGCGUGCCCGCCGUCUGGGAGCUCAUCCGCAAGGGCAUCCUCUCCAAGGUCAACGCCGGCGGCGCCAUCAAGAAGAACCUCUUCAACGGCGCGCUCACCAUCAAGAAGAACAAGGUGCCUCUGCUCACCUCGGUCGUCGACUCGGUCGUCUUCAAGGCGGUCAAGGACCAGACCGGCGGUCGUCUGCGCAUCGCGCUCUCGGGCGGUGCUGCGCUGUCCAAGGAGACGCAAGAGUUCCUCAACAAUGCGCUCGUGCUGCUCCUCCAGGGCUACGGCCUGACCGAGUCGUGCGGCAUGACGGCCAUCCUGACGCCCGAGUUCUACUCGUACGGCCCCUCGGGCGGCACCGUGCCUGCGAUCGAGGUCAAGCUGCGCGACGUGCCGGACGCCGGCUACUUUAGCACCAACAACCCGCCGCAGGGUGAGGUGCUCAUCCGCGGACCUGCGGUGACCAAGGGCUACUUUAAGCGCGACGAUGUCAACAAGGAGUCGUUCGAGGACGGCUGGUUCCUCACAGGCGACGUGGGUCAGUGGAACUCCAACGGCACGCUGUCGAUCAUUGACCGCAAGAAGAACUUAGUCAAGCUGUCGGGCGGCGAGUACAUUGCGAUCGAGAGGCUCGAGAGCGUGUACAAGGCGUCGAACCUGGUGUCGAACAUCUGCGUGCAUGCCAACAGCGACGCCAAGCAGCCCAUGGCGAUCAUCUUCCCGCGCGAGGACAAUCUGGUGCAGGCUGCGCAGCGCGCCGGCGUCAGCGGCGAGCUCGAAGAGCUGUGUGCCAACCGUCAGGUGGCCAAGCUCGUCAUGGACGACGUGAACGGCGUCGGCAAGAAGGCGGGCUUCAAGAACCUCGAGAUGCUCCAGACCGUGCUGCUCGUGCCCGAGGAGCUCGCCAUGACCGCAGCGCAGAAGCUCAGCAGGAAGGACAUCAUCAAGAAGUACGAAGACCAGAUCAAGAAGGUCUACAUGUAA